AUGAAGACGCAACAUCUAUGGUGGGGAGUUCUUGAUCAAUUCUUGGUACAACACAAAGCUCUUCUUGCAUUCUUGACUUUUGCAGCGGUUGUGAUCAUUGUCUACUUGUACCGACCCUCCUGGUCCGUACGCAAUGUCCCCGGUCCAACUGCUAUGCCUCUUGUUGGCCACUUGCCCUUGAUGGCUAAGUAUGGUCCGGACGUCUUUUCCGUUCUUGCUAAGCAAUAUGGCCCUAUCUUCAGAUUUCAGAUGGGGAGGCAACCACUGAUAAUAGUAGCAGAAGCAGAGCUUUGCAGAGAAGUUGGGAUAAAGAAGUUCAAAGAUAUUCCAAACAGAAGCAUUCCUUCUCCAAUCUCAGCCUCUCCCCUUCACCAGAAAGGUCUCUUCUUCACCAGGGACAAGAGAUGGUCUAAGAUGAGAAACACCAUCUUAUCUCUUUACCAACCUUCACAUUUGACUAGUCUUAUCCCCACAAUGCACAAUUUCAUCACUUGUGCUACUCAUAACCUUGAUUCCGAGCCGAGAGAUAUCGUUAUCUCCAAUCUCUUCCUCAAACUAACGACCGAUAUCAUCGGACAAGCUGCUUUUGGAGUCGAUUUCAGUCUCUCCGAGAGAAAACCAGUGAAAGAUUCAGCGGAUAGCAAUGUAGAGGUGACUGACUUCAUAAACCAGCAUGUCUACUCCACAACACAGCUCAAGAUGGAUUUAUCAGGCUCAUUCUCAAUCAUCAUUGGCUUACUGAUUCCAAUCCUUCAAGAACCAUUCAGGCAGGUUUUGAAGAGAAUUCCAGGAACAAUGGACUGGAGAGUCGAGAAGACUAACGCAAGAUUGAGCGGACAACUCAAUGAGAUUGUUUCAAAGCGAGCUAAGGAGACCGGAACAGACUCAAAAGACUUCUUGUCAUUAAUUUUGAAAGCUAGAGAGUCGGAUCCUUUCGCCAAGAAAAUCUUCACACCAGAUUAUAUCAGUGCUGUGACUUAUGAGCAUCUUCUUGCUGGCUCCGCAACCACUGCUUUCACAUUAUCUUCUGUUCUCUACUUAGUCUCUGGUCAUCUAGAAGUUGAGAAACGUCUUCUUCAAGAAAUUGACGGUUUUGGAAGCCGAGAUCUGAUCUCGACUUCACAUGACUUACAACACAAGUUUCCAUACCUUGAUCAGGUCAUCAAAGAGGCUAUGAGAUUCUACAUGGUUUCUCCUUUGGUUGCAAGGGAAACUGCAAAAGAAGUGGAGAUAGGAGGUUACUUGCUCCCAAAGGGGACAUGGGUUUGGUUGGCACUUGGAGUUCUUGCAAAGGACCCCAAGAACUUUCCGGAGCCGGAGAAGUUUAGGCCGGAAAGAUUUGAUCCGAACGGGAAAGAGGAGAAACUGAUACAUCCAUACGCUUUCAUCCCAUUCGGCAUAGGUCCACGAGCCUGUGUUGGACAGAGAUUUGCCUUGCAAGAGAUCAAACUCACCUUGCUUCAUCUCUACCGUAAUUACAUUUUCAGACAUUCCCCGGAAAUGGAGAAACCGUUGGAGCUUGAUUAUGGUGUAAUUCUCAGCUUCAAGAACGGUGUUAAGCUUAGAGCCAUCAAAAGAUUCUGA